GCUGCGCCAGCUUCCGCCUUGAAUUUCAAGCUCUCCUUCUCCGGCGUAGUGAACGCCCUCGAGCCAAAGUCUGGAAAUCUGCUCAUUGACUGUGCGGCGGUGAGUCGCCACUUUGGGCGCCCUGCAAUGAUUGCUCCGAGUGCCAAUCCCAUGAAUGCGCAGGUUGGAUCCAUCCUGACAUUCCGGCUAGAUCCAAAGAAAGAGCUGCCGAUGGCGGAAAAUGUGGUGCUCAAUGGUUUCGACCAGGAGGUGGGGGACGCAUACGAGCGGGUGACCGACGAUGGCUUUGGUGGGGCUGGUUUCCU